GCCCGGGUCGGGUCGGGGCGGGGCCGGCCGGGCUUCCAGGCCUGGGCUCUGGCCGCCCGCGCCACCGGGCCGCUUCGGGGACAGGCCGGGGCGGGGCGCGGCGGCAGGAAACGGGGCGGGGACUCGCGGAGGCGUUGGGGACGAGAGAGGGCGCGGCCAACUCCCGGGGGGACGGCAGGCCGAGAGCGCGGCGCCCGGGCCUGGCGCCGAGCCUGAGCCCGCCGGACGGGAGGCGGCCCCGCCGCGGGCUCGGCCCCGGCCCCAGCCCCGCCAGCAUGGCCGGCCGGACUGUACGGGCCGAGACCCGGAGCCGGGCCAAGGAUGACAUCAAGAAGGUGAUGGCGACCAUCGAGAAGGUCCGGAGAUGGGAGAAGCGAUGGGUGACUGUGGGCGACACUUCCCUUCGUAUCUUCAAGUGGGUGCCAGUGGUGGACCCCCAGGAGGAGGAGCGAAGGCGGGCAGGUGGCGGGGCAGAGAGAUCCCGUGGCCGGGAACGUCGGGGCAGGGGCGCCAGUCCCCGAGGGGGUGGCCCUCUCAUCCUGCUGGAUCUUAAUGAUGAGAACAGCAACCAGAGUUUCCAUUCGGAAGGUUCCCUGCAAAAGGGCACAGAGCCCAGUCCUGGGGGCACCCCCCAGCCCAGCCGCCCCGUGUCACCUGCCGGACACCCAGAAGGGGUCCCUGAGGAGGCUCAGCCCCCACGGCUGGGCCAAGAGAGAGAUCCCGGGGGCAUAACUGCUGGCAGCACCGACGAACCCCCAAUGCUGACCAAGGAGGAGCCUGUUCCAGAACUGCUGGAAGCUGAGGAUUCGGGAGUGAGAAUGACGAGGAGAGCCCUCCACGAGAAGGGGCUGAAGACAGAGCCCCUCAGGAGGCUCCUGCCCAGGAGGGGCCUCCGGACAAAUGUCCGGCCCAGUUCCAUGGCGGUGCCGGACACCAGAGCUCCCGGGGGAGGCAGCAAGGCCCCGAGGGCACCCAGAACAAUCCCCCAGGGUAAGGGGAGGUGAGUGGGCUCCCCAAGCAAGCCAAGGCCCCUAAAGCCUCCCUUGGCUGCCCCAAGAUCCAGCCACUACCUGUGCCCCGAGGGCGGAAAGAGCUUCCCAGCUCACCCACCGCGGUAACAUCGGGAGGGCGAGCGGCCCUACACCUGCCCGAACCUAAGGCCACAGCACCCAUCUGGCUCGCCACUGGCGCCCGAAUGCAUGGGAAGGGCUUAGGGCAGAACUCGGACCACAUCCGGUGCCUGAGGCCGCCUUGCUAGAGGCCUAGGGGAGGGGUGCACUGGGCUGCCUCGCCCACCUCCUCACGCACCCAUGCGGCCACCCUCCCAGCGGUCUGAGUGUGCCAUGCGAGGCGCCUGCCACCCCAGGAGAGGCGCCGAGUCCCGAGUCCUGCCGGCACUGAGCCUCCGGGUCCACAGCGGGCAAGGGCCGUGGCGGGGACAAGCGCAGGGGACCCGCCGGCCUCCCGCCUUCUGCAGCACCACGAGAAGCCCACGUGGCACCCGGACGUCCACGCAUGUGUUGAGGCCCGUGCACGCGCAGAGACCCCAGCGCAGAAGCCGCCCCGCACGCCAGGGCUUAUGUAUGCCAGCGCUGGGAGACCUCCAGCGCCCGAGGACAUACGGCAAGUGGUUCCACCAGGGUGUCAGCCUAGCAGGCCAACCUGGGAACCUAUGUGGACAAGCGGCCUUUCGGCCCAGGCGCCCGCCUCGUGUGGAGGCGUGGAGACUUCUGGCGCAGCCCUGAGCUGGUGGCCUAACCUACCUGGAAAAUCCUAGCCCGAGAAGCAGCGCGAGUGAGCCUUUUGGGUGGUUCCAAGGCCCUUCACCAAGCUCUCACUUCCUGACUUCACCGUUGGGUCUGUUGUACUAGGAAAUAAUAACGCCUCCCAUUUAUCAAGGGUUUACUCUGUACCAGGCAUUGUGACUGAUGUAAUUUAGUUCUCACUGCAUCCCUGUGGCAUGGAUAUUCUCAUUAUCUGCAUUUUGCAGAUGGAGAAAUUGAGUCUCUGAGAGGUUAAGGAACCUGCCCAAAGUCAGCGAUGCAGUACCACUUCUCGUGCUGGGACACAGCGGGGUUAAGGCCGUGGGUUAACAGGGCCUCCAUUUAUGGAGAGCAUUCAUUUGUCUCUGGUGAAUUACAGAAAACGCUUUCUACACUGAAGUGAGUAGAUACUCCCUGGGAUGAAAGUUAACAUUCGUACCAAUGAUUGAGAUGACAGAAAUUUCACGCUUCAAGCCAAUGCUUUAGGUUCAGCCCAUGGAAUUCUGGAAUGACCUUUUCUCAGUCGUCACCAGGGUGGUGGUGGUGAAGGAAGCUCCAUUCCAGGACCAGCUCCUGUGUAGAGCCUUCCUGGAGGCCAACAAAGAUGACCUCUCUCCAUUUGCCAUCCCACUGGGUUGUCUGGGAAGUUCAUCCAGUUCCUCUGGGCUAAGAUUUCCAAGUUCCCAAAAGGGAAACUAAUCUUCAAGAGUUGGGAAUGAAAAAAUGGGAUUUGGGGGAAUUCCUGAAAGCAUGUUAUUCUGUAUUUUUCAUAACUUUCUGUGGUUUUUUUUUUUUUUUUUUUUUUUGAGACGGAGAUUUGCUCUUGUCACUCAGGCUGGAGUGCAGUGGUGUGAUCUCGGCUCACUGCAACCUCUGCCUUCCGGGUCCAAGUGAUUCUCCUGCCUCAGCCUCCCUAGCAGCUGGGAUUACAGGCGUGAGCCACCAUGCCCGGCCACUUUCUGUAUUUUUUAAUAAAUAAGAAAUACACAUUUAGUAGUAGUUACAAAGAACUGUAGGCCGUAGCAAAUAUUCAGUAACUGGAAGAUGCCAACGAACAUUGUUGGGUAGUAUUUAAAUAACAAAAUGUUCAAAUAUUUGACAAGAUUAACAACACUACACAGAAUCACGAGUUGAAAUUGCCAGUUUAGGCUGAGUGUGGUGGCACAUGCCUGUAAUUCCAGCACUUUCGGAGGCCAAGGCAGGAGGAUCACUUGAGCCCAGAGUUUGAGGCUAUAGUGAGCUAUGAUUGCACCACUGCACUCCAGCCUGGACAAGAGAGCAAGACCCUGUCUCUUAAAAAAAGAGAGAGGGAGAGAAUUGCCAAUUUAAGGACUUAUGUGUUUCCAAAACUUGUUAUUUAUUAGAACAUCAUUUGUAGGAUUUGUAUAAAACACAGUGCAUGUCAACAUUAAUAUUUGUGGGAAUGACUCGCUCUUAACAACAGGUACAGCCACAAAUAUACUUUUAGUGUGUCAACAGCUACAAAAAGUAUUUUGACUAUUUAUCUCCUAGGUACUCUUAUCCCAUAUUCUGGAAAUGUCUACCUUAACUUUAUUUAUUUAUUUUUUGAGACAGUCUUGCUGCAGCUCCCAGGCUCAAGUGCAGUGGUGCGAUCUUGACUCCACCUCCCGGGUUCAAGCAAUUCUUGUGCCUCAGCCGCCCGAGUAGCUGGGAUUAGAGGCAUGUGCCACCAUGCCCGGCUAAGUUUUGUAUUUUUUGUAGAGACACGGUUUUGCCAUGUUGGCCAGGCUGGUCUCGAACUCCUGACCUCAAAUGAUCCAACCACCUCAGCCUCCCAGAGCACCGGGAUUACAGUACCUUAACUUUAGACUCUGUGUGUCAACGUUGCCUUCUCUUGCUUUCAAUUUGGCAUCAGUGGAUUUCUUUAAGCCAGGAAUGCCUCUAUGUUGAUUGUUAAGCAUUAAUUCUCACAGGAGAAUUAUAAUGCUUUUCCCCAUUUUCCCAAUUUCUUGACUGAUCGAUUUUGGGAUUCAGAAGAACAUACAGAUUUCCUGAUAAAUUCCAGGAGGGAUUUCCUGCAUAGAAACACUACUUUGGGGCUGGGCACAGUGGCUCAUGCCUAUAAUCCCAGCACUUUGGGAGGCCAAGGCGUUGGAUCAUUUGAGGUCAGGAGUUCAAGACCAGUCUUGCCAACAUGGUGAAACCUCAUCUCUACUAAAAAUACAAAAAAAAAAAAAAAAAAAAAUUAGCCGGGCAUGGUGCUGUUCACCUGUAGUCCAAGCUACUUGGGAGGCUGAGGCAGGAGAAUCGCUUAAACCCAGGAGGUGGAAGUUGCAGUGAGCAGAGAUUGUGCCACUGCACUCCAGCCUGGGUGACAGAGUGAGAUUCUAUCUCAAAAAAGAAAAAGAAAGGCCGGGCGCGGUGGCUCAUGCCUGUAAUCCCAGCACUUUGGGAGGCCGAGGUGGGCGGAUCACGAGGUCAGGAGUUCGAGACCAGCCUGAACAACAUGGUGAAACCCGUCUUUCCUAAAAGUACAAGAAUUAGCCAGGCAUGGUGGUGCGUGCCUGAAAUCCUACCUACUCAGGAGGCUGAGGCAGGAGAAUUGCUUGAACCCAGGAGGCAGAGGUUGCAGCAAACUGACAUCCCACCACUGCACUUCAGCCUGUGUGACAGAGGGAGAUUUGUCUGAAAAGAAAAGGAAAAAGAAAGAAAAAGAAACACUACUCUGGACUGAGCAGCAUCGGCAAGUCAAGUCUGCUGCUGGAAUUUUACCUAGAACAUUGAAUCUUGCCUUUUUGGUUUCAGGGGCCUCAGAGCCAGAGAAUCCAAGUAUGGAUCCUAGCUCUGCCAGUUCCUGGUGGCGAGGUCUUGGGCAAGUCACUUUACCUCUCUGAGCUUCAAUUUAAUGGAUAGAAUAAUGUGUGGGGAGUCAAUGCUUGCUUUUUGAGGCAAUAUUGUAGGAGGGUUAAGAGUGUGGCUCUGGAGUCAGUCUGAGGUUUGAAUCCUGGCUCCAUUACUUACCACCUCUUUGAUUUGAGGCAAGUUACGAACCACUCCAUUUUUCUCUUCUGUAAAGUGGUGGCACUGAUUGAUGAUUGUGGCAGACAUCAUCUUCAUAGAGUUUUCAUGAGUUUAAAUGGGAUCACAUAUGAAAAUGCUUAACACAGAACAUGGUACAUUGUAAGUGCUUGAUAAAUGCAAACCACUGUAGCUGUUACCUGCUGUAUCUACCUCACCGGGCAGUCGUGAGGAUGAAAGGGAGGCUGUGUUGGGGAAGUGCUUUCUAAGCUGUGAAAUGGUAGCCACAUACUUCUCUUGCCUUCAGAGAUGGGAUGGUUGGAAGCUAUGGGCAGACGUUAAUGGUAUCCCCAAGUAAGGGGCCUGAGAAUACUUACCUAUGUCCACAGAAGGUAGCUGUGUUGAGGCGAGUGUCACCAUGGGUAGCUGGAAAGCAGUGCAAAAUGCUCUCAGCUAAGGGUUAAUUGUAGUCAUGAGGGCAAACUCUGGCAUGGUAUGACUUGGGGCACCCUUGGGGACAGGGAGAAAACUGAUUUUUCAGAAAGAGGCUUUAGAGGAAGGAUCAUGUUAAAUGGAACCUGCCCACUGUAUGUUUUUGUUUUUGUUUUUAAUUAGGGGCUGCAUCAGAGGAAGGGGACAUGUAAUAGAAGGUGGUUGGAGGGCUCUGACUUUUGUCUGAAACUGCUAUUGGUGAAAGGCUGAACUUAGGACACAUUCCUGUGAGCUGGAACCAGUGCACCCUCUCACACUGCGCAUGCACCACGAUGUCAUUCAUUGCCUAGACCGUAGACCAAACAUGGCUCAAAGGGCCUUCCAGAGAGGAUCGCAUGUCAUUCUGACAGCAGCCCCUCAACAAUGUACAGAUGAGGGCUUGAAGUCUCAGAAAGUCAAGUCCAUUGUCCAAGGUCACACAACUGAUAUUAAUAUAUCAUGAAGUCACGAUUCAGACACAGUCCAAGCUCUUUUUUUUUUUUUUUUUUUUUUUUUUGAGCCAGAGUCUCACUCUAUCAACCCAGGCUGGGGUGCAGUGGCACAAUCUUGGCUCACUGCAACCUCCUCCUCCCAGGUUCAAGUGAUUCUCGUGCUUCAGCCUCCCGAGUAGCUGGGACUACGGACUUGUGCCACCGCGCCUGGCUAGUUUACAGUCCAAGCUCUUAACCUCACCAGCCUGCCUCAACCACCAGGGGCCAGACUGCUGAUCUUGAACAAGGAAGAAGAAAAUCCAAAUGGUUUCAGUGCCUAAAUGUCCUCCUUUCUAGCCUUUGGUAACAACUUUUUCUGUCUCUGAAUAUCAUUGCUACUUCUCUGGACACUGCUUCUUUGCUUCCAGGGCUGUUUUUCUUGCUUAGCCCUAAGUCAGCCUCGUUUGGGCCCUGUCCUUAGACUCUUUCUUCUGCACGGGUCUGUGAAAGAUCUCCUUUAUGUGUGCAGCUCCAGCUGUUGGUCCUUUCUCAGUAGUCUAACCCAGACUGCCCCUCUGAGCGCCAGCCUGAGCAGCCAGCUGCCUCCUUGACAUCCCCUCUCUGGGUCUCAUUCGUGAUGUCUCCCCUAACACGGCUUGCCUCCAAAGUGCCACCUCCUCCCUGCCAUGGCCUCUUAGUUCCAAAUUGUGGCGUAGUGGUGGGGAAUUUAGAAAGGCUUCAAAGACGAAGCCUCUUGAAUGAGUUCUCAGGGCUAGAGAUAGACCACAGAGUGUUCUCUGAGCGCUACCAACAGUCUGGGGGUGAAUUUGGAGAGUGGAAUUCACCACUUAAUCAGUCAGCUGGCUACGGAAUGCCCAGCUGCAUGCCAGGUCCAGCCGCUGGGGUGGAAAGAUGCAUUCAUGAGUAGAACAAACAGGAUUCCUGGCUUCAGGGAGCAUCCAGGCUGUUGGAGAAGACAGACGUCAUGCAAUCCCCCAAAAUACACUCUUAUAAACUGUGAUAAGUGUCAUGAAGGAAAAGUUCUUAGUGCCAUGAAAGCAUAUUGUAGAUCUAAAUUAGAUUAAGAUGGUCAAAGAAGGUCAUUGUGAGAAAGUGACAAUUACUGUCUCCCUGAGAUCUGAAUUGGGGAGGAGAAUUCCAUAGACAAGCAAGAGUAGGCACAAAAGACCCAAGGGUGGGAAAGAGCUUGGUAUGGUGGGGAAACUGAAAGGCAAUCCUUAUAGUGGGAGCUGAGCAUGCAGGGGCUUGGGCUGAGAUAAAGCCAGGUGGCCUGGGCGGGGGUGAUGGCAGAGCCUCGUGGGCCACAGUAAGGAGCCUGGAGGCUUUAGGUUAACUUUUUUUUUUUUUUUUUCUUAAAUUUGAGACACAGACUCACUCUGUCCCCAGGCUGGAGUGCAGUGGCGUGAUCUUGGCUCAUUGCAACCUCUACCUCCGAGGUUCAAGCGAUUCUCCCACCUUAGGCUCUCAAGUAGCUGGGAUUACAGGUGCCCGCCACUACACGUGGCUAAUUUUUGUAUUUUUAGUGGAGAGAGAGUGUCACCAUAUUGGCCAGACUGGUCUCGAACUCUUGACCUCAAGUGAUCCACCCUCCUCUGCUUCCCAAAGUGCUUACAAAUCCCCAAAGGGAUUACAGGUAUGAGCCACCAUGCCCUUCCUGGUUUAACUUUUUAUUUGGAAAUAAUUUCAAAGUUACAGAAAAGUCUCAAGAAUAGUACAAUGGACAUCUGCAUAGCCUUUGUCCCAGAUUCACCUGGUGUUCACAUUUUACCCCAUUUCUCUGUCACUGGCCAUCUCUCUAUUUAAGGUAUAUACAGAUGACUUUGAUUCCAAUCUAGUUGAGAAUAAGUUGCAGACCUCAUGUUCCUCUACCCCUAAAUAGUGUGUGUUUCCUCCCACAGUACAGUUAUCCACUGCAUUGCAUUUCACACUGAUCCAAUGUGGUAUCUAAUUUACCUCCCAUCUUGUCACUUGUCUCAGUAACACCCUUUAGACGCCAUUUCUCCUCUAGCACGGGAUCCAGUCUAAGAAUGAUGUAUUGCAUUCGGUUGUUGUUUCUCUCUAGUAUCCCUUAAUCGGGAAUGGUUAGCCUUUCUUUGUCUGCAUGGUGUUGAUAUUAUUGAAGAAUUCAAUCUUCCCCUUUAUCUUAAUAGAACAUUCUUCAUUUGGGGUUUGUCUACUUGUUUCUUCAUUAUAAUAUAUGGAUUAUGCAUUCCUGGCUGGAAGACUGUGUAAGUGAUACUGUGUCCUUCUCAGUGUAACAGCUAAAGCCACACAUGUCUGUCUGUUCCUCCGUGGUGAUUUUUUUUUAAAACAGAGUCUUGCUUUGUUGUCCAGGCUGGAGUGCAGUGGUGUGAUCUCAGCUCACUGCAACCUCCGCCUCCUGGGUUCAAGCAAUUCUCCCUGCUUCAGCCUCCCUAGUAGCUGGGAUUACAGGUACCCACCACCACGCCCAGCUAAUUUUUGUAUUUUUUAGUAGAGACUGGGUUUCGCCAUGUUGGCCAGGCUAGUCUUGAACUCCUGCCCUCAGGUGAUCCGCCUGCCUCGGCCUCCCAAAGUGCUGGGAUUACAGCCGUGAGCCACCACACCCAGCCCCUCCUUGGUGAUUUAAAUUUUGAUCACCAAGUCAAGGUUAUUUGAUUUCUCCAAUCUAGAGUUACUAUUUUUCCCUUGUAACAAGUAAUCUAUGAGGAGGUAUUUUAUAACCAUGACUAUAUCCUAUUCCACAUCAAAAGUUAAAUAGAUGAGAUUUAACACCUAUUGAUGAUUCUUGCCUGACUAAGAAUCACGAUGGUUACAGAAUAGUAACUCAACCCCAGGACUCCCUCCACAUUUAUUAGUCAACACUUGGCAUUCUUCUGUCCUCUUAUUUUAGAUUCACUAUUCGUAGGAACUCUUGGAUUUCUAUUAUUUUCCAAUAAAUUUUAUAAUUAGUUAUUAAUCUUAA